UUACUGCAAGUCAUAGAAGUUCUGGUAGGAUUAGUGUCAAGAGACAGUCACAGAUUGAUGCAGGUGAGCCAGAAAAAGUAGAGGCUACAUGGUUAAGCAGGCAGCCAAGUGUUGGUGACUUAGUUGCAGCUGUCAAGAUACAAAAAACCUGGCGUGGUUAUUAUGUCAGAAAAGUCAAAGCAGCAGGAACACCAGGUACUGAAAUUAAUGCAAAAGCUACUGAAAGCUUAAAGAAGUGCUGGUCUACAAUUGAAGCUAAUAUGGAAGAGAAUGGUCUUCUUGUACUAAGAGAGAUGUUCAGAAAAGAUCCAAACAUUUUGCCAUAUUACCCCUUCUACAAGGAUGAAUGGAGUAGAAUAUCUUAUGCAGAUUACAAGGGUGUCUUUCCUGAACACCCUUCCAUGAGCUGGUUCUUGAUUUUCAGAGAUAUUUUCUAUGCCAAGGAAGACAUGUUGGUUGUGCCGACUGUCAAUGUUCCAGUCAAUACUUGCCUCCUUCAUGUCAUAGACAAUGAUACAGGAAAAGAAAUUCCUCGAGUCUUUGAUAAGGUUGCACCAAAUGUUUAUAAAAAGAACAAGAGAGGCUACUCUUUUGUAGCAGAAGCAAGGUCACUAGAACAGGCACUUCCUUCUGGCACCUGGCGCUUACGCCUUAUUGGAUCACUGAGUCCUUUACCAGUUACAAAGUCAGGCGAUGUCUGCAGUAAUUUUAUGACAAAAGAGAUCAGAGACUAUUACAUCCCAAAUUCUAAGAAUAUUAUUUUCAGACAAUCUGUCAGAGUUAAAGAUGAUCACUUUACAAGUAUCCAGAUGAACACUUCCAAACGAGGGGUUUACUUCAAACUGGCAGUGCUGGACAAUGAGGAGGAGGUCAUCAGCAUACUAGGAAAAGGUCAUGUAGUUAUUCCUGCUUUCACUUUCCUGAAGAACUUCAAUCCAGAUGAUGUUGAAAAGAGGAGUGGAUCAAGGGCUUCCACUAAAAACAGUCCACCUGCUGUGACAUUGAAGGAGAAAUCAUCCAAAACCAGAAGAUCAGAUCAACAUGAGGAAGAGCAUCGAGCAGUACACAAGUACAUUAUCCAAGCUACUGUUCUGCAAAACAGCUGGCCUCUGUCUGAGAGCAGUUGGAGAUUUGUUCAGGUACUCAAGGAAAUGGAAAAGAGUGAACAGAAAUUACAAAAAAGUAAGGCCCAUGCGUGGGUCCAUGCAGAACACGGUGACCAUCAUUUUUAUUUGCUCGAAUAUUUGCUUGAAAUUUAUUUUUUUCGGGGGGGGGGGGGGGGGGGGGGGGGGGGGGGGGGGGGGGGCUAUUUGAAGAAUGAACAUGAACUCACUGUGUCCAGCAAUGAACGUCCUCUUUCACCAAUAAAAGUUGAAAAAUCCCAGUCUUCGGGAAGCAAAAUUAAAUUAAAAGGUGGCAAAGAGAAAAGCAACCAAGGAGGGAAAGACAACAAAAUGCUACGUCUUUCAUCUCAGCAGUUUGACUUCACAAAGCCUCACUGGACCCUUCGGAUUGUCAGUGAUUCGUAUAAUGCGGAUGAAAUUGAAGUGAAGAAAGAUACAGAGAGAGCUGAAGAGAUUAGAGCAAUGAAGAAAGCAUGGGAGGACGCAGAACCUGGCCGUGCUGCUAAGGCUUUGCAGUCAAGACUAAAUUACCUCAACACCCAUGCCAUCAAACUGUCACGGUCAGAGGAGUUUACAGUAACAGACUCACUCAAGGAAGAGACAGUGUCUGCUGCUAGCAUUACAGGUACUAACAGUACUGGAGAGUCUGGAACUGUCACCAGUACUGAGAUCGACAGUUCCUUACCACUGUCCCAAACAGCUUUCCUGGCUCCACCAGUUUUCUUCAAUGAGUCAGAGAUGAGUUUGACCCUUGAACCUCCACCAUUCCUGGAACCUAAAGAAAAAAUUGAACCAAUAGAUAUUACACCAUUUGUGCGAAAAACUCUGCCUGAGCCUGUAUACAUGGAUGAGGAAGUGAUUCAAAAGCUGAUGGAGAAGCGACAAAAUGAAAUUGCUGAAUUUAAAGCAUACCGGGAGAAUGUAGAGAAAUGGAGAGAGGCAGAUAAGCAAAAUCGAAAUUUAGCCAAGAUGCAACAACUUGAACAGUACCAAGCCCUGCAGGCAGCCUUGGAUGCAGCAAGGGAGAAAGUGAACACUGCAAGAGAGGCUUUUCGUCAGCGUCUGCUGGAGGCUGAGAGAUUUAGACAGGAGCAACAGGCUCUCCAGGAAGCAGCAUUGAGAGCUGAACAGGAACUGAGAUCACCCAAAGGAAAGAGGAGAAGCUUAUCAAUUAAGAAAAAGAAAUGA